AUGUUUAUCCGAAAAUUAGCCACAAGUGCCACACUUGGUUCUGCCAAAACUUUGGGAGUAAAAGCUGCUUUUAGUGAACCCUCCAUUGUGUCGCCUGUCAAAGCGAUUAAUUUGGCCAUCAAUUGCAAACCACACAGCAAAUGGACCAAACAGGAAAUCAAAGAAAUUUACAACACGCCUCUUCUGGAAUUAACUUUCCAAGCUCAACUUCAGCAUCGUAGGUAUCAUGACCCGGCUGAGGUUCAGCUUUGCACUUUGCUAAACAUCAAGACAGGAGGGUGCUCUGAAGAUUGCAAAUACUGCUCCCAGUCCAGUCGAUAUGAUACCGGAACCAAAGCAGAAAAACUAGUGAAACUAGAGGAAGUGCAAAAAGCAGCCAUAAAAGCCAAGGAAAAUGGAAGUACAAGAUUUUGUAUGGGAGCCGCUUGGAGAGAUAUGCAAGGUCGUAAGUCGGGAUUGAAGAAAAUCGCCGAAAUGGUGAAAUGGAUAAACGACGAGUUGAAGAUGGAAACCUGUGUUACAUUAGGAAUGGUGAAUGAAGAUCAAGCAAAGGUUCUCAAGGACUCCGGCUUGACUGCCUACAAUCACAACAUCGAUACUUCCAGAGAGCAUUAUCCAAGUGUGAUUUCUACAAGAACCUAUGAUGAUCGUCUUGAAACGAUCAAAAAUGUGCAGAAAGCAGGUAUCAAAGCAUGCACGGGAGGUAUCUUAGGUCUAGGUGAGACUCCUGAUGACCAUGUUAGUUUUUUGUACACUUUGGCAACGAUGGAGAGACAUCCAGAGUCCUUACCAAUCAAUCGCUUGGUUCCCAUCAAAGGAACUCCAAUGGAAGCAGAGAUUUCCAAACUUCCAAUUGGUUCGGAGAGAAGAUUAAAGUUUGAUGCAAUCCUUAGAACAAUAGCUACGGCAAGGCUAAUCAUGCCCGAGUCUAUUAUUCGUCUUGCUGCAGGAAGAUACACCAUGAAAGAGCACGAACAGUUUCUUUGCUUUUCAGCCGGCUGCAAUGCUAUCUUUACCGGUGAACGCAUGCUCACUACCAUGUGUAGUGGGUGGGAAGAGGAUAUCGCCAUGUUGAAGAAAUGGGGCAUGAAACCAAUGAAGAGUUUCCGCAAGCAUGGCAUCGAGGCUGCCGAAAAUGUUUUUCAAAAAGGUGUCGAAACUUAUCCCGAGAAUACCUCCCCCACCUUGAAGGCUUCUUCGAAGGCUACUUCUAUUCUUCCGGCUUUGGUUGCAGCAGUGUCCUUGGGCAGUGCUGGAUAUUAUCUAGGCAGAAAACGGGCCAUAAAUGAUCCGCCAGAAUAUGCUUUUCCUUGGUCCUCCACGACAAAGUUGGAGCUGAUAGACUCACCGAAGUACAGCACUGAAGAGGAGUUAAGAACCGCCAUUGAUGAAAUAAAAAGGGCUGUUGGCGACGACCAUGUCACCCAGUCACCAGCAGAAAUUACAGGCCAUACAGACAAUGGGUUCACGCCCCACCCGCCAAAACCACACGAAAAGCCAAAAUACAUUGUUUACGCAUACUCGACAGAAGAAGUCUCGAAGAUCUUAAAGGUGGCUCAUAAGUACAAUGUGCCGGUGGUUCCAUACUCGGGAGGCUCUUCACUUGAAGGACACACAUUCUCCACCAGAUGUGGAAUCAUAUUGAACACGAGCAGAAUGAACAAGGUGCUUCAGAUUAACCAUGAUGAUUUGGAUGCAACCCUUCAAGCGGGUGUGAACUGGGUGGACCUCAAUGAACAGCUCACAGGCGAGAAGAUGAUGUUUGGCUGCGAUUGUGGUCCCAGUGGUUUAAUAGGUGGAAUGGUUAACACCAAUGCCUCCGGUAUCAAUGCUUCCAGAUACGGCGCCAUGGUUCACAACGUCAUAUCAUUGACUGUGGUGCUUGCUGAUGGAACGGUUAUUAAAACGAGACAGAGACCUAGAAAAACUUCAUCCGGAUACAACUUGACUGGCCUCUUCAUUGGAAGCGAGGGCACGCUUGGUAUCGUUACAGAGGCAACAGUGAAACUCCAAGUCAAGCCUCAGCAUGAAACUGUUGCAGUGGGACAGUUUCCGUCGGUACUCCUGGCUUCCCAAACGGUCGCAGAAUUGUUCAAAAGAGGUAUCCGCCCAGAGGCCAUUGAGCUUCUAGAUGAGGAUAUGAUGCAUUGUACUAAUUACAGCGGACAACUUUCGAAAAAGUGGCUUGAGGUGCCCACAAUUUUCUUCAAAGUUGGCGGUCUCAAUAAAAGAGUCGUCGAUGAAACCCUAGAGAUCGUGAGGAAGGUAUCGCUCGAGAAUCAGUGUGCCGACUUCAUCAUUGCAAAGGACAAGACAGAAGGUGAUGAGCUUUUUGCGGCCAGGAAAAAUGCAUUCUUCUCCAUUCUUGACUACGGAAAGAACGAGAUUGACGAGGACGUGAGACUAUGGGUCACUGACAUUGCCGUGCCGCUUUCACGACUUCCCAAAGUGGUUGACGAAAUCAGAGAGCUUGUGGUGAAGUCCGGUUUCCAGUCUGUGAUUCUCGGCCAUGUUGGUGAUGGCAAUUUACACGCCGACCUCUUCUACAAGCCCGACCAGCUCCAUGAAUGUCAUAAGGUCAUCAACGAAAUUACGAUGAUUGGACUUCGAAACGAGGGUACUGCAAGUGGAGAGCACGGCAUUGGCAAUGGCAAGAGACAAUUUCUCAGUAUUGAGCUCGGCCAGGACGCAGUCGAUACCAUGCGUAAGCUUAAGCUUUCCCUUGAUCCUAAACGUAUCCUUAACCCAGACAAAAUUUUCAAGAUCGACCCUCACGACGAGGGCGAAUAUUAG